AAUCAAAUCCAAAUAUGAAAUUAAGGAAAAUCCAAUACAGUUACUCAGCUUUUCCACCUUUCCCUGCUAAUUUACGGUGACAGCCACGAGCAAGUUGUUAGGUUUAAAAUUAUCCAAGUACGGACACAAAACAGCUAUAUAAAUAUGAAGUGCGGAUAGAUUCUGAAGACAACUCUAACAAUCAACUUUCUUUCCUUUCUCUGCCUCUGUAUUCCUUGUAUGUCUUAUAUUUCCUUCCUUAUCUAGGAUUUUAUAGAGCAUUUUCCUGUUAUAUCUUAAUCUUUUAUCAAAACCCUGAACUCUCCAUAGUCUGUUUUUGUUAGCUUAGUCUUGUUCUCAACAUCUAUAUAUAUACAUAUUACACCAACUCAUCAAAAUCCCAGUUUUCUAUUAAUACAAAAAAACAGUUCCCUGAGAUUUUUUAGCAUCAAGUUUCAGGUUUCCGGGAUAUCCUUCAACGUCAUGGCACGAGAGGCUGGGAAUGUCAGAUAUGAUGAGGAGUCUGUGUUGAAUUCUCGAGGAAUGAAGCUUUUCACAUGCAAAUGGAUUCCCAUGAACCAAGAACCAAAAGCCUUGAUCUUUAUUUGCCAUGGUUAUGCCAUGGAAUGCAGCAUCACCAUGAAUAGCACCGCUAUUCGCCUUGCAAAGGCAGGUUUUGCAGUGUAUGGUAUGGAUUAUGAAGGCCAUGGAAAAUCAGCCGGUUUAAAAGGCUAUGUAGAAAACAUGGAUCAUGUCAUCAAUGAUUGCUCAAGUCAUUUUACAAGCAUAUGUGAGAAGCAAGAGAACAAGGGGAGGAUGAGAUAUCUGUUAGGAGAAUCCCUGGGUGGAGCAGUUGCUUUGCUCCUCCACAGAAAGAAGCCAGAUUUUUGGGACGGUGCAGUGUUGGUGGCACCCAUGUGUAAGAUUGCAGAUGAUGUGAGGCCACCUCAAAUGGUAAUUACUAUUUUAGGAAAGCUUUGCAGUGUCAUUCCAACUUGGAAAAUAAUCCCAACUAAGGAUAUCGUGGAUGCUGCCUUUAAACUACCUGAAGUAAGACAGCAGAUUAGAGAGAACCAAUAUUGCUACAAAGGGAAACCUCGCUUGAAUACCGGCCAUGAACUUCUACGAAUUAGCUUGGAUCUUGAGCAGAGGCUUGAAGAAGUGUCAUUGCCAUUUCUAGUUCUGCACGGUGAAGAAGAUAAAGUGACAGAUAAAUCUGUAAGCGAGAAACUCUUCAGUGUGGCUUCAAGUUCAGACAAGACCAUUAAGCUGUAUCCUGAGAUGUGGCACGGUCUACUCUAUGGAGAACCAGUAGAAAACCGUGACAUUGUUUUUGGAGACAUUAUCGACUGGUUAGGGAACAGAACUCAUCUUGGAAACACCAGAUUGGAGAUGGAGCAAAAACGUAUGAAUGAUGCUCCUUCCAAGUCUAAAUAAGAGCAAGAAAUUCAGUGGUGAUGAUGAUGAUCUUCUCCUGGGAAAGAUUUUAUUCUUCAAUUUGACGAGUGCUCGGUCGAAUUUCAGUUACAAAAUCAGCAAAGACAACAUAAAAAAAGGACAGCCUAAGUGAUGGCAUGAGAUACAUCAACAGUCGCUGUUGGACCGGACGGUUCCACCUAAAGUUAACCUAAAACUAUGAGAUAGGGACAUUUAAUAAAAUAAAAAUAAAAUGGCUUCUGAUUAUGCUUAA